GAAUCCAUUGAGAGAGAGAGAGGGAGAGAGAGAGAGAGAGAGAGAGAGAGAGGAGAAGAGAAGAAAGGAAAAACAGCAGCUCCACGCCACUCCUUUGUUUUAGGAAAUCGCUAGAAACGCUCGAAGGAAUGAAAUGAUGAAUCAAAUUUCUUUCGCGUUUCUUCGCAACGACUGUUUUUAGAGGCGAACUUUAUGAUUUGCGUUUCAUUUAGUGGGAUCGACAGAAGAGCGUUUGAGAUCGGAAACCUUCAGACGUAUUAAGCUUCGCUCUGCAUUCAUUCCGAACGCAUCUUCUCCAUUUUUUUUGCUCUUGAACAUCAGGAGAUCAUCUGAACACACGGACGCGCUUUGGAGAUCGGAGAUUUUUCUGCCCGCGGUUCGACUUUGUUAUUGUUGUCCAGGCCUGAAAUAUUCGCGUUUGAUCAAAGGCCUUUAAUGCGGCACACACGCGCCUCGGUUUUUAACGCGUCAGAUGAACAUCAGAUCUGAUCCAUAAACCAGCUGCGAUCCUCAAAACAGAAGAUCUGAUCUGUGUUAAUCGCCUUUCAUACGCAACAUCUGCGGCCCACUUCAAUGUUAAUGUCGACCGACGUCGCAUCUCUAAUGCUGCCCGUGACCCGCGGGAUCAUGGAGCGGGAGAGGGAUCUGGACUCCGGUUCGGCGGGGGUUCGUGGGAUGAAACGCGGGGAUCCGGAGCCGGAGGGCGCCACGACGGCGGGGGACUCGGUCGUUGCUGAAUGCAAACGAGCGCGAAUGGACGGAACCGAGGAGACCGAGCAGGGGUCACAGGACGCAAUGGUGGCUCAGGAAGGUCUUGCUCCACCAUUUUCCAGCUUCCCUCCUCCCCCUCCCCCUCAGAACGGCCUCGCACUGGAGUUUGGGGGAGGCGGUAAUUACCCUGCAGGGGGGCAGGGGCAAACGGAGACCCCGGCAGUAGUCAGCACCCCCUCUAUCCCCAGCAAUCCCCAACUGUCAGACAGCUCUCCUCAGACAGAGAAUCAGUUGGUUCCUAUCAGCGCUUCGGGCAGUGAUGAAUCUUCAGAGGCGAAAGGCACCCCGAAACGCCUUCACGUUUCUAACAUCCCCUUUCGCUUCAGAGACCCGGACCUGCGGCAGAUGUUUGGGCAAUUUGGAAAGAUUCUGGAUGUGGAGAUCAUUUUCAAUGAGAGAGGGUCAAAGGGUUUUGGGUUUGUGACGUUCGAGACCAGCGCAGAUGCCGAGAAAGCCCGGGAGAGACUUCACGGAACCAUCGUAGAAGGACGAAAGAUCGAGGUCAAUAACGCCACAGCUCGAGUGAUGACCAAUAAGAAGUUGGUUAGUCCGUAUGCUAACGGCGAUGGUCUUAGCACACUGCCCUACGCUGGGUGGAAAUUGAGUCCCAUGGUGAGCGCUAUGUACGGACCCGAGCUCUAUGCAGGUAAGAUGUUUGACGCAUCUGUUGUGUGUUGUCCUGAAAACCACCGUGUAUUGCGUGCGUAUUACGACCUCGUUCCUCUCUCUGCAGUUCCAGGGUUCCCGUAUCCCACCGCUGCCGCCGCGGCCGCCGCAUCCACAGCCGCAACCUUCAGAGGGGCUCAUCAUCUGCGGGGUCGCGGACGGCCCGUGUACGGAACGGUGCGAGCCGCUGUCCCUCAGCCGACCAUACAGGCCUAUCCUGGUGUGGUGUACCAGGAUGGGUUUUAUGGAGCUGCAGAGCUGUAUAGUGGCUAUACGGCGUAUCGUUACACGCAGCCAACGGCAGUAGCGAGUCCAACAGCAGCAGCGGCGGCGGCAGCAGCGGCCGCAUACAGUGACAGCUACGGCCGUGUGUACGCGGCAGAUCCAUACGCGGCUGCGCUAGCAGCUCCGGCGGCGGCCGCGGCAGCAUAUGGAGUGGGAGCGAUGGCGACGAUUUACAGAGGAGGAUACAGCCGGUUUGCGCCAUAUUAAAUAGCGUUAAUCCACUUCCAGAUUCUCUAUGGCUCUGAUACUUCACCGAUAGCUGCUGGCCUCAGAGGGAAAACAAAUCACACUUUGCGAAACACGUCUGUUACGAACAAACUUUGAAUAAGGAAUGCAACUAUAUAAAUCAAUACAUGGAAGAAAGUGGAUGGUUUUUCAAGGAAACAAGAUAACGUUGAACACUACACAAUAACAGAGGUAUCUGACUGAAACUUGACUGUCAAGCUCAAAUCAUUUCUUCCUUCGGCUCGUCUCUUUGCACAUAUGCAUGCAGUAACGGCUCUAGACUGCCUCUAGUGGCCAUUGAACUACGUGUGCACAGAGCGCCAGGACUAAAGUGAAUACGUUUAUGUCACCCUUCACUGUUUCACACUACAAUAAUUAUCGAUAUUCUUUAAGAAACGUAAGAGACAUUCAUCUGGACUGCACUCGUCUCCAUUUUAAGGAUCGUCUUAAAAUACGUGGAUCCCAUCGGCUCUGUAAGUGAGGACGAUGCUGUUAUCCCAAACGCAGAAACAAGACACGACCAUCAUGGUUUUCCUUCAAGAUCAUGGAUGAAAGGCAAUGCCAACAGAUGUUAUCAAUCAACGAACUGUGAUGCACAAAAAAAACGGGACGACGUGUCAUAAUAUUCCGUCUUGCUGAAAGCUUUGUGUUCUUUAAACAGUACCUCCGUUCAGACUAUCUUUGAAGAGGCAUACCUUUAAAAUUAAAUAGUAAUUAUAUGCAAGUACACUAGAAUAGACUCAAAAUUUUACCAAACAUUAUUAUUAUUAUUAUUAUUGUUAUUAUCCUUAGUUUUUUAUGGUUGUGUUGGCUUUGAAGGAGCAGGACACCAUCUGAAACCAUAUAGAAAAAUUAAAAAUAAUGUCCACAUUCAAAUGAUGAUUUAAAGCAAGUGUUUAAAUUAUGCUAGAAAAAAACAUUUUUGUUCAGAUUUUGGAAUUGAACAGCUCUUUGUAAAAAACCGACACACACACUCUUUUAUUAGCAUAGUUUUGUAAAAUAUGCAACUUUCAGCCCAAAUUGUAGAGAAGAGAGAUGGAGGAUCUAAAUGUGAUGCUUCUGAACUCCAUAGUAUUUUUGUCUUCUUCGCAGAGUGUGUCCUCUUCCUCGUCAGUAUAUUGGUAUUUUGCUUUAUUUUUGAAUUUUGGUUCCAAAGAUGAGUCAAGCACAUUCUUGAUUGUGUGUAAGCGUGUUUGUAAUUCUGUUGUUUGGUUUCUUUCUUUUUUUGUAUCUAUAGGUUUUUGAUAUUGUUUGAAGUGGCUCAUUAAAUAUUUCAUAAAGGCCGGAUAUGGGAAUGCAGCAUGUUAAUACAGUCGCAGCGUGCCCUUGUGAUCACCAAGCAUUUCAUUGUUUGUUUCAUUUGUUUUUGCAACACCUCUCUUUCGGUAGAUUCAGAGGUCUUGUGUCUAAACUACAUCCUGGUCAAGAACAUUUAGCCAUUUUAGAGUUUGUAAUGAAUUUUACCACAGUUUGUUGCUCGUGGAUUGAGGUAAUGCUCGCCAUGUCUGCAACGUGUAAUGAAAAACUGACCACAAACAGACAGUUUUUUGUUUUGUUUUUAUGUUUAAAAGGUACUUAGCAGUCUAUGCAUACAUUUUUCCACAGUAUUAUGUAAUAUCUCUCUACCUAAAUUCUUUUAAAGAUGCUUUUGAAAACGAAUGACGCAACAGGUUUGUUUUCCUUUCCUCCCUGUCACGUGUCCCCCCUGUAUUAGCCGAGCUGCUCUUCUGAUGAUGGAGGUUUGAAUCUCCUCCGUUUGUGCUGUAAACUAUUCAAGAUGGCAUCUCUUUCAUUCUUGCACCUUAUAAAUAUGAAUCCUGUUUCACAUACUCUCCUUUGGUUUACAGUGUAAUCGUGUUUUUCAGUUCAAUUCUUUCUUUCUCUAUCUACAUAUUCU